ACGAUGUCCUGACGAUCGUCCCCGUCCCCAUCAAGGACUACACCCCACCCACAAUGUCCCAGGUGGAAGACUUCCUGGCCUGUGUGCGCAAGUAUGGAGACCAGGGAAAGGCGGUGUGUGUGCACUGUGCUCACGGCCUUGGACGCACGGGCACCAUGCUGGGAUGUUACUACGCUCAGACCAUGAAGCCAGAGGCUGCCAUCAAGCAUGUGCGUCAGCUCAGACCCGGCUCCAUCGAGACCCCAGAGCAGGAAGCACUGGUGCACCAGUUCUACGACUACCGUCUGGCCAAAGGCAAGGCAUAGACACAGAGGAGGGUGUCAUGCGGCUUACACACAUGCAUGAUAUAAUUUUGUAAAUACCUAUAUUGAUAUAUACAUAUAUAUACUUAUAUAUAGAUAUAAUAUACAUUCAUGAAUGAU